AUGGCACGCAGCGCGUCCGUUCUCUGCGUGUGUGCCUUCACCCGAUUUCUCUCGCGCGCCCGCUGCUUCUCCGAGGAUGAGUUCAUCCCAGUGGCCACGACAAGACCAGAGACCAUCCUGGGCGACUCGGCGGUGUGCGUGCACCCAGAGGACCCGCGCUACCGGCACCUCGUCGGGAAGAAGGUGCUCGUGCCCCUGCAGGGACGCGCCGUGCCCGUGAUCGCCGACGAGUACGUGGACCGCGAGUUCGGCACCGGGGCCCUCAAGAUCACCCCAGCGCACGGCCGGGUGCCUGCCUCGCUCUGCGGGCUCAUCCCACGCAUCGUCUGCUCCUUCACGGCCAUCGGGGUCGUCGCGGACCCCGCGCGCCCGGAGCUGGGCAAGUUCCUGCGCGCCACCCGGGCCUUCCGCGUCGGAGACCUCGCCUUGAAGGAGGCACCGCUGCUGCGCCUGAAGGGCGGCGCGCGCAGGCUGGCCGGCCUCGACCCCGCGGCCACCGCGGCGCCGCUGCGUGCCGCCGGGCUCUUCUUGCCCGACUGGGCCAGCCCAGGCUCUGGUGCAGCGCCGCCAGGCGGCAGCCGGGCCGCCCAGGUGCUCCUCAGGGCGUCGCGCAACGAGGUGCCCGACCUGGCCUUCGUCCGGGCCGUGCUGCUCUUCAACUCCUUCGGCGCCGGGACAGCAGGGCAGGACCAGGUCGUGUUCCGCACGCUCGCCAGGGCGAACCACAGCUGCUUGCCGACGUGCAUCGUGGACGGGGACGAGGGCACACUGCGGCUGGUCCGCGACGUGGCCGCGGGCGACGAGCUCACGGUGUCGUACCUCGACGAUGCGACGUUGAUGUGGCCGCGAGAUCGCAGGCGCGAGGAACUGAUCGACCGCUACGACUUCCUCUGCCGCUGCGGCCGCUGCGAGGCGCCAGAGGACGACGUGCGCCGAUUCCGCUGCUGCGCCGCGGAGGGCUGCGGCGGCGAUCUGCUGGUAGUGCACGGCGGGCCCCCAGCCCUGCGGUGCGCCCGCUGCGCAGCCGGGUCGCCCGACGAGCUAUCGCGCGCCCUGCUGGCCGACGAGGCGGCGGCGGCGGCAUGCCUGGAGAAGGCCAAGAGGGGAGACCUCGAGGAAGAGGAGGAGGGCCAGGAGCUGAUCAAGUGCGCGAGAUUUGCUUCCAGGCACCCCGCGCACGCCCUGGCCAUCGAGUUGGGGCACGACUUCGCCUUCCCGGACGCGGUCCCUGCAAAGCGCGCCGUGCUGGAGGGCCUUCGGCUGAUUUUCGGGGACGCCCCCUGCCAGCUGGCAGUGGACGCGGGCCGGGACCUCGCGCAGGCGCUGGAGGCCCGGUCGGAUCGCGAGGGUGCCCGGGAGUGCCUGCGCCGUGCCGCCGAGGUCGCGGGGCUGCUGGACGGCGGCGCGGCGGCCACGCCCCCGCCGCGGAGGGCGCCGGCGGUGGCGAAGCCCGGGGCGGCAGGGGGCCGAGCCGCGCCCAGCCUGGAGCUGGACCAGGGCCUCGCCUUCGGCGUCGACGUCGCCCCGCCGCGGCGCUCCGGCGCCGCGACCCGCGCGGUCAUCGGCCUGGACGGCAGCAUGACCGCACAGGUGGCCGAACUGGGCUCUCCGCAGUACGAGGGUCUGGACCGCGAGGAGUGCAGGCGGAAGCUGUGGGCCGACCUGGAGCAGGCGGGCGUCGCCCUCAAGAAGGAGGAGACCACCAGCAACGGGUGCCUCUGUCGCAGCGCAGCGGCGAGGUCAUCGAGCCGAUGCUGUCGGACCAGUGGUUCGCGAGGACGGAGGUGA